AUGGGUGGGAUUUCUGGCAGUGAGCUAGAGCUGGAAUUGAAGAAGUUUCUGCUUACUAGCUCGCCAAACCUACAAGCAAUGACGAUCCGGCCUAAUUCCAUGAGUGGAGAAGGCAAGUUGCUAAGGGAGACCCUGGAGCUAUCUCCGGACGGGCUUGAGGCUUUGAUUUCUCGGUGCCCCCUACUAAAACGUUUGAUGUUGAGAAACUUAGUGGGGAUUAAGCAACUUAACAUCGAAGCUCACACUCUUGAGUGGCUUGAUGUUGAAGGAGCUUUUGAGGAUGUCACCUUGGGUGUUAUGAACCGUUUGAAGAAUUUUAGGUCGCGACAGUCCUCUAUUCCACAACUUGUGUUUGAUAGCCAAUGUACCAAGGCCAAGGGGGUUCAACCAUCUCUGCAAGAAAACUUGGCGAAGAUAAUUGACAAGGUCCUCUUGCUUCAUACUGGCCCAAUACGGAAGUUCAAGCUCUCUCACUUCGAAUUUUCUGCCACGAGUGACAUUGACCAUUGGAUUCUUCAUCUAUCUAGAGUGUCCGUCAAAGAAAUCGUACUUGACAUAUGGAAAGGGCAAUAUUACAAGAUUCCCACCUCCUUAUUCAAUUGCCAGGAUUUGAUUUGUUUGGAACUAUAUAGAUGUUUGGUGAAAAUCCCGUUGACGUUUGAAGGAUUUAAGAACUUAAAAAUUUUGGAUCUUCAGACCCUGGAGCUAUCUCCGGACGGGCUUGAGGCUUUGAUUUCUCGGUGCCCCCUACUAAAACGUUUGAUGUUGAGAAACUUAGUGGGGAUUAAGCAACUUAACAUCGAAGCUCACACUCUUGAGUGGCUUGAUGUUGAAGGAGCUUUUGAGGAUGUCACCUUGGGUGUUAUGAACCGUUUGAAGUCAGUCGUGAUAGAUUUCUCUAAUGAUAUUGCCAACAAACCUGGACCCAGCAAUGCCAACUCGAGCAAUUUUCACAAAUUCUUCCAAAGUUUGCCCGAAAUUCAGAGUCUCAAGCUUCAAAAUUACUCAAUGAAGUAUUUGGCUAUUGGAAAUGUUCCACAGACACCACCUAAUGAACUCUUUCAUUUGAAGUACCUCUUCACAUGCAUAGACUUCAAUAGUGUGGAGGAGAUUUUGACUGUUAUGUGCCUGAUCAGAAGCUCUCGUCAGUUGAAACAUAUAGACUUUCAGAAUCGUGCCAAGGAUCAACAGGCUACAAAGAUUGGGACAAUGGCCGACUUUAGGGAAGACCACCGUGCGUGUUGCCUAGAACAAGUACAAGUUGUAUCAAUGGGUGGGAUUUUUGGCAGUGAGCUAGAGCUAGAAUUGAUAAAGUUUCUGCUUACUAGCUCGCCGAACCUACAAAAGAUGACGAUCCGGCCUAAUUCCACGAGCGGAGAAGGCAAGUUGCUCAGGGAGUUGCUACGGUUCCGGCGAGCCUCAGUGCAAGCGGAAGUGAUGUUUCUCUAAUCCUGUUGAUCUGGAAGCCAACCCAUGCUAAGAUUAAAUCACACAUGGGAGUAACAGUCACUGUAAUCCUUUCAAAUAUUGAAAAUCAUUUCCUUUAUUUUACUUUUUUUAAUUAUAAAAAAAUGGCAUGUACACUUCUUUAAAUGAUCACUAUAGUCGCUUUAUUAAUGUGGUCGGACUGAAUGAUGAGUGCAGAAAUGGGUCAAGUUAUGAUUAGCUCAACUUCUUAUGUGCCGACAGGAAUGCUGUGUUGGACGCAAGUGUCGAG